UUUAUCAAGACAAAGAUUACAAUAACGAAGUAUAUUGGGAAUGCCUAAUAUUAAAAAAGUCUCACGAGAAAAAGAAAGAGCCACAAAACGAAGAAUUAAUAUCGACUCACCAGAAAUUAGACGAAAGUUACAAUACAUCGAAGAGCAGCUUAAUAAAGGACAUAACGAAUACGAAUAUAGAGAGUUGCUCAAUGAAUAUUAUACCAUCACUGGAAACGAACACGCCUUACGAAAAAGCAAUUCAACUACUGAAAUCCCGCUACUACAGCAACAGAGUGAAACAACUAUCGACGGAGAAGGCUCUAGCAAAAUGUUUGGAAGAGAAAAUAAUUUUAAUGACACCAGAACAGAAUCUAGAAACGCUAUCGUAUCAGGAUGUCAGCUGGAUAGUGAAGAAGGAUCAACAACUUUUCCUCCAAAGUGCGAAAAUGUUACUGAAAGCGAAAAAGAAACAGAUACAACAAGCGGAGAAAAUAUUAUUGAAAUUUCGUCAGACGAGGAAUGGGUCGAAGAGAUCGAGGAAAAAGAAACCAUUGCAUGCUGCGACAACAUUACCCGUACCAACAGAUGCGCAGAAUUAAAGUUAGAUAACUCGGAACUACUAUGUUUUAACAAAGAAUUAAAGCGAGGCUUUGAUAUUUUCCAUGUUAUUCAUACAGGGAAACCAACAACAUCAAUAUGGUACAACCAAAAGGAAACGAAAUGCGACGCCCUGGACCUUUGCUCUAAGACCCACACAAUAUGUAAAUACUUUGAUGGAAAAGAGAGCGAAUAUUCAGGGCAACUUCACACCCACGUUAUCCUCGCCAGCUAAGUCUUGGACAAAUCCGAACGAAGUCCCGAAUUUCAGAGAACGACAAUACCUCUGCAGGGGAUG